ACAAUCAGGGGUCAGGCUCAAAGACCAGUUGCUAUAGCAGUGGAAAGGCUCACCUGAAACCAGCAGGAUAAGUACACAGGUAGGUCACUGUGGUGGAGGAGUGUGCUCACCCAAGGUGCGGAUUCUAAGUACCAACCGAGGUCCAGUAGCGUAUUAAGCAGGUAAGGAUCAAAUGGAAGCAUGGUCAGUAAACAAGCCAAGGUCGGUAAUGAGCAGUCGCAGGUUGGGAUCAGGCAGAAGAGUAGUCGAGAACAAACCAAGGUCGGUAAGGCGUAGUCGCAGGUUGGGAUCAGGCAGAAGCGUAGUAGAGAACAAGCCACUGGUAAGGGAGCCUAGGUCGGUAAGGAGCAGUCGCAGGUUGGGAUCAGGCAGAAGCGUAGUGGAGAACAAGCCAAGGUCGGUAAGGAGCAGUCGCAGGUUGGGAUCAGGCAGAAGCGUGGUCAGUCAAAACAAGCCAAGGUCGGUAAUGAGCAGACGAGGUUGGGAUCAGGCA